AUAAUCUGACACUGACUGCAGUAAUUAUACGAAUAUGUUAAUACUAACGUUGAACAUAUUUUUGAGUGGCGUCUUAGCGACUUACGUUUUAUUCCUAGUAUAGUAUAGAUUGCGAGAAUUUGCUCCGCAUAAGAUACCAAGUAUUGACACCGAAACAUCACAGUUUACUUGUCACGACUAGCCGAGUACGUAUUCAAAGAACAUAGGAUAAAAUAUAAUAGAAUUUAUAGCAUAUACGAAUGACUAAGACUUGAAUUUUUCUAAUUUGUAAUAUGAUAUGUAUUUGAAUCGAUCACAAUUGUGUUACCGGUUUUUUCCUGAAUGUAAACUAAUCUUGUUAGAAUAGAAAUCAAAAGUCAGACGAAGCCACCGCGUACUUCCGUAAUACCAUUACCUUCCGUAUCUUACAAUAGAAGAGCAUUCAUGCUAUAUUUUAUAAUUGAUAUUUAACUCUCAAUACGCCACCGUAAGCCUAUUUACCGCUAAUAAAUAAAUAAGCAAUAAUUAUAGUGAGAUGAACAAAAACUCCAAUUCGAACUAGCCUACUCGCCAGAUAUAGACACUAAACAAUAGUAUUAGAUUAGACUAUACAUACCGUAGUAUCUACACCCGAUUACAUAUAAUACAUUAAUAAAUAAUCCCAUGAAUUUAUAGUAUAAUCUUAAAAUAUAACGAAUAAUGCACGUCUUGAGAUUAUUGGAUAACGGCAGUCAUAUAGUUACAAUAGCUUAGACGGUCCUGAAUCGUAUCACCGUCGUUUUAGCCAUAUGCCUAGGUAUUAACAGACUCGUAGACUAACAUAUAACCCGGAAUGCUUCCUAUGUAGUGCUAAAUAUCUCAUACGUUUACUUAUAGUUUUAAUACGAUUACAGACAUGAGUUUUGUUUGUGCAAUGUAAAUAAUACCGUUAUUUUAUUUAUAAAUAUGAUUAAGCAUGGUCGAGAUAGCUUUCAUUUAUGGGUUAUUGUGAAACUUGGCGGCGGAGCGGGGAAGGCGCAGUAAUCUAGCAAAUUGUCUACGGUGCCGAUUCAGAAUUCAAAAUAGUACUGAAUAAUUAUUGUAGCGAAAUAUACAGGGUUUAAAAUUCAGUCGAGACUAAUUAUACUCUAUGGUUUUAAGUUUAUAAAACCCUCCCCGCCCCGCGUCACGUUUAAGGUAACAAUUACUACGAAAUAAUGUCGAGACUGGGACAGAAAUCCCAAGGAUUAUUCAUAGUAAGUAAUUCACCAAAUAAUAUUAUAAAUGAAUGAAUAAAUGUAUGUUAACGCAAUGUCAUUGUGAAUUACCUAGCCAGUAAGUUUACAAUAUAAAGAGGAGUAUGUUAGCCAUAUUGCUAAAGCAUAUUAUUGUUAAGGUUCAUGCAACAUCUCAAGUCUACAUACAAUAGUUCCUUUGUCAUGUGUCAUUUAUAAUCAUACGAGUAACGCAGAAAAUAAAAAGAUAUUCAUAAAAAUAUUGUAUAAAAUAAUGUACCGAUUAAUUAUUUGCUAUCUCAAAUAUGAUUUUUCUUGAAUAAACAUUUACAUACGAGACUAAUUGUUUCAUUAAAAUUAAAUUACUAAUUUUGCCCACUUGCAUAACGCCAUUCUUGUUUGCAAAUGUUAUCAUAAUCAGGUAGUCAGGGUGCCGUGGGGACAAAUAGCGGAGCUGUUUGUUCGGAGUUACCUACAUUGCUUGGCGCUUGGUUGAUUAAGCAACGGCCGCGCGCCAUCAUUUCGACUCACCGUGUGUCGCGCGCGCUCGCUACCUCAAAAACAAAACAAAUAUUGUGAAGUGCUCGUGACAUAAACAUUGAGUGAUUUUAAUUAUCAGAUUUAGAAUAUCAGUUUUUUUAAAAUAAUAAUGACAGCCGGCACUGAAGAGCAUGAGCCUCUGAUUUCAUCUUCAGCUGAACAUCAGCGGGUCACUUACAACGCUUCGCCACAGGAACCUAAUACCCCGGAACCUCAAGUAAGCGGAGGAGAAGUGUCUCUCACUAUCCCACAGCGCAACUAUGGGGCCAUCGGCGGCGUUGAAAAGGUCACGUACACCUGGGCGGACAUCAACGCCUUCGCCACAGAAAACAGGUCCAGGAGCAGAAGGUUCUGGAACUUCUGGAAGGGGUCCACUGAUCGCAUGUUCCAGCAGAGGAAACAGUUGUUGAAAAAUAUAAAUGGCGCCGCAUACCCCGGCGAGCUUCUCGCCCUCAUGGGUUCCUCGGGCGCCGGCAAGACCACUCUUCUGAACACACUGACCUUCCGCACCAAUGGCGGAGUGGUUUCCAGUGGUACAAGAGCUUUAAAUGGGCAGCCAGCCACGCCUGAAGCGCUGACGGCGCUGUCGGCGUAUGUGCAGCAACAGGAUCUGUUUAUUGGCACGCUGACUGUUAGAGAGCAUCUAGUGUUUCAGGCUUUAGUACGAAUGGAUCGUCACAUACCAUACGCACAACGGAUGCGCAGAGUGGGAGAAGUCAUUCAAGAGCUAGCCUUAUCAAAGUGCCAGAACACCGUAAUCGGCAUACCAGGACGAUUGAAGGGCAUAUCAGGUGGCGAGAUGAAACGUCUGUCCUUCGCCAGCGAGGUCCUUACGGACCCGCCGCUAAUGUUCUGCGAUGAACCUACCUCCGGCCUUGAUUCUUUCAUGGCUCAGAAUGUCAUCCAGGUGUUGAAGGGACUGGCACAGAAGGGCAAGACCGUGGUGUGCACAAUCCAUCAACCGUCUUCGGAGCUAUACGCCAUGUUCGAUAAGCUGCUCAUCAUGGCGGACGGACGCGUUGCAUUCCUCGGCUCGCCUGACCAGGCCACCGACUUCUUUAAAGAGUUAGGAGCGGCGUGUCCAGCCAACUACAACCCCGCAGACCACUUUAUACAAAUCCUGGCCGGAGUACCAGGCAGGGAAGAGGCGACCCGGCACACUGUGGAUACAGUAUGCACGGCGUUCGCCAAGUCUGAACUAGGGUGCCAAAUAGCUGCCGAGGCUGAAAAUGCGAUGCUGCACCAGCGCAAGACUGCCUCCGGCUGGACGGACUCAGCAUGGUCGACGCCAAGCUUACGCUCACGCCGCUCUCCAUAUAAAGUAUCAUGGUGGGCGCAGUUCCGCGCUGUUCUUUGGCGAUCCUGGCUUUCAGUUACUAAAGAACCCAUGCUUAUCAAAGUGCGGUUUCUACAAACAAUUAUGGUGUCCAUAUUGAUCGGGGUGAUCUACUUCGGCCAACAUUUGGACCAGGACGGUGUCAUGAACAUCAAUGGAGCCAUCUUCAUGUUCCUCACCAACAUGACCUUCCAGAAUAUCUUCGCUGUCAUCAAUGUAUUCUGCUCCGAGCUGCCCAUUUUCAUCCGAGAGCAUCACAACGGCAUGUACCGCGCCGACGUCUACUUUCUAUCGAAGACUUUAGCCGAAGCACCAGUGUUCGCCACGAUUCCGUUGGUGUUCACCACCAUUGCGUAUUACAUGAUCGGGCUCAACCCGGCGCCGGAGCGGUUCUUUAUAGCGUCAGGAUUGGCGGCGCUUAUUACGAAUGUUGCUACGUCGUUUGGUUACCUGAUCUCGUGUGCGAGCAGCAGCGUGAGCAUGGCUGCCUCAGUGGGGCCUCCUAUCAUCAUUCCCUUUAUGCUUUUUGGAGGGUUCUUCCUUAACUCAGGGUCAGUGCCUCCGUACCUGGGCUGGAUAUCCUACUUAUCCUGGUUCCGAUACGGCAACGAGGCGCUGCUGGUCAACCAGUGGGCCGGCGUGGACUCCAUCGCGUGUACGAGGGAGAACUUCACGUGUCCGGCUUCGGGCCAAGUGGUUCUGGAGACGCUUAGCUUUUCAGAGGACGACUUUACCUUCGACGUAGUCAACAUGGUGCUUCUAUUCAUCGGAUUCCGCCUGCUUGCCUACAUCGCGCUACUUAUACGAGCGAGGAGAACGAAGUGAAGUCACAUUGUAGGCGUAUAGCUUUCUUGGUUAAAUGAAUUAAUGUGGUA